AUGUAUCCUCUUCGUGCUGCUGCUAGGUCAAUUAGACAUCUGAGUCGAGCCAGCACAAGCAAAAGCUUCCCCGCAUUCCACUCCGCAUUUGCUUAUCGCAGUGCCCUUGAACCGUCCGUGCAGCACGCUGUUCUCAGACGCGCCAUGGCUUCUGCAGUGGCUAAACGCCUGGAAGGCAAAACUAUCGUGAUCACCGGUGCCUCCUCUGGAAUUGGCUACAGCACCGCCAAGGAGUUCGCGCGUAGCUCCCCCAAGAACCUCAAGCUGAUCGUCACAGCUAGACGCGUGGACAGGCUUGAACAGCUUGCCAAGGAGAUCAAGGAGGAAGUUGGAGAUGGUGUCAAGGUGCUGCCAGUGAAACUGGACGUGUCCAACCCGGAGGAGGUGAAGAACUUUGUGCCCUCUCUGCCGGCUGAAUUCCAGGACAUCCAUGUGCUUGUGAACAAUGCUGGUCUGGUCAAGGGUGUCGCGCAGGCCCCAGACAUCAACCCCGACGACAUCAACGUGAUGAUCUCCACCAAUGUCACUGGCUUGAUCAACAUGACCCAGGCCAUCCUUCCGAUCUUCAAGAAGCGUGAUGAGGGCGGUCGCGGUGACAUUAUCAACGUUGGUAGCAUUGCGGGACGUGAGGCCUACCCAGGUGGCAGCAUUUACUGCGCCACGAAGGCUUUCGUCCGCAGCUUCACCGAUGCCUUGAGAAAGGAGCUCAUCUCGACCCGCAUCCGUGUUAUCGAGAUCGAUCCCGGUCAGGUCGAAACUGAAUUCUCUAUCGUUCGUUACUACGGGGAUAAGGCGAAAGCUGAUGCUGUUUACGCUGGCUGCGAGCCUCUUACCCCUGACGACAUUGCCGAAGUCAUUGUCUUCGCUGCGAGCCGCAGGGAGAACGUUGUCAUUGCCGAUACCCUGAUCUUCCCUAGUCACCAGGGAUCGCCUACCCACCUGCACCAUAGAUAUCCAUACAAAAUACCACAUCGAAGUAACAACUUUGUUGCUGUUCAAUUCAGUCCCACAGGCUCGUUGAUUUCCAUAGACACGGUUCUUCUAGCGGCCAAUACUAGCGACUCGCAAGCUUGGAAGGUACUCAGCAAAACUUUCAUUAUGCUGCUUCAAGGUCAGCAGUCGGCGAUGGAUCCGGAAGAGCAACCCCGUGGGGAUGCUUCCCCGCCACGCGCAGUCAUCAAACCGCAGCAUCGACGUCUCCACGAUCCAGACGUGACGUUCGAAGAGUACCAUUACUAUGCGCUGAAGACACGCGAGGAGGAAAAGGCGGCUGCCGCAUCAGACGGCCCGACUACAACCUUGUGGAAAACGCUCUUCAGAGGAAGAAGUGCCAGCCAACCGACCCAGGAUGAGUCGCAAAACUCCCCGCCUCCUCCGACCGGCGACCAGACGAAGGAAGCCACAGCGAAUCGUCUCGAAAUCUCGGACGAGGAGUGGACCAAUGCGUCGCGGAUGAUGAGGACCGCAACGGCCGGCGCGUGCUUCUAUCUGAUCACCACGGAUAUCCUGGGGCCGUACGGAGUCGGGUUUGCCAUGGGAACCUUGGGCUGGGGUCCCGGUAUCGCUCUUUAUACGGUCUUCGGCUUCAUGGCCGGCUACUCUGGAUAUCUGCUGUGGAAGGCGUUCCUCGGCCUGGAUUCGCAUGAAUUCCCCGUCCGCAACUACGGCGACCUGGUCUUUCGCAUCUAUGGCCCUUACGCGCGUCACUUUGUCAACGUCUUGCAGGCACUCCUGCUGCUCCUGAUCCUGGGCCAAGUCAUCAUUCUGGAAGGGCAAGGGAUCUCGCAGGUGUCCAAAUUCCGCCUCUGCUAUUCUGUGUGCUGUGUGCUAUUUGUGAUUGUUGGGUAUUUCAUCGGCCAAGUGCGGACCCUCCGAAAUUACGGAUGGCUGGCCAACACGGCGGUCUGGAUCAAUCUGCUGGUGAUUUUUAUCACGAUGGGCGUCAUGGCUCACAGUCCGCCGAAUUACGAGAUCUCAGUGCUUGGUUCGGCCGGGGGAGCAGUCGAUCCAGCAACCAUCACACCCGAUCCGCGCACAGGGAUCUAUCCUGCGAUUAUCCACUAUAAUGGGAACCCGAAUCCGCAUAGUCUGAUCGGCUCGAUCAACGGCCUCUUGCAAGGGGUCUUUGCCUACGGUGGUGCCCAGCUGUUCAUCGAAUUCAUGGCCGAGAUGAAACGGCCGCAUGACUUCAUCAAGGCCAUGUGGGGAGCACAGUUCUUCAUCUACACGGUUUAUCUGGUUUAUGGCUGCUAUGUUUACUACUUCCAAGGCCAAUACGCCUACCAAAUCUCCUAUCAGGGCGUAUCACUGUAUGGGUUCCAGGUCGUAGGAGAUAUGCUCGCAUGCGUGAGCGGGCUGAUCGCAGCAGGGCUGUAUGGCAAUAUUGGGAUCAAGGUUUUCUACAAUAAUGUGCUCAUGGAUAUUCUGAAAGCGCCGCCUCUGACGCACCGGAGAGGCAAAAUCCUGUGGGCGAUCAUCGUGCCACUCUGGUGGUCGAUUGCGUAUGUCGUCGCGGCCGCGAUUCCCGACUAUUUCGGCUUCGUGUCGGUCAUCUCGGCCACGACCGUCAUCCAAUUCACCUAUUCGUUCCCACCGAUCCUCGCCCUGGGUUACAACAUCAAGCUGUACGCGCUGAAGACGAGCGCUGGCGACGAAUUCGAUCCCACGACCGGGACCGUGACGCGCCAGGACACCGGAGUCCGGCGAUGGGUCCGAGGUCUGAUCAAAGGACCGUGGCACUGGAACAUUCUCCAUGUCCUGUAUGCGAUUGGAGCCCUAGCCACCGCCGGCCUGGGAUUGUACGCCGCCAUCGAGGGGAUGAUUGUCGCGUUCGAAAUCCCGCAGGUGAAUGCCUUUACGUGCGUUUCUCCUCUGGACCUUUCUGCUCAGGGUUCUUCUUAG